AUAAAUAUAAAGAGGAAAGGGGAGUUCAAUUUGAUCUAUUUUCUUUCUCUGCGAUAAUUUGCAAAUCCGGAACUUGUUUUGAAUCUCAGUGCUCGACUUCUGUCGCCGGCGGUUGUCUCCGUCGUUCGAAAGCAAAUUUAGAGCAGAAUGGUAUGCGAGAAGUGUGAGAAGAAGCUUUCGAAAGUGAUAGUGCCGGAUAAAUGGAAAGAAGGAGCAAGCAACACCACUGAAGGCGGUGGCCGCAAGAUCAACGAGAACAAGCUCCUCUCCAAGAAAAACAGAUGGAAGCCUUACGGGCAAUCUAAAUGUAUGAUCUGCAAGCAACAAGUGCAUCAGGAUGCUAAAUAUUGCCAUACAUGUGCUUACAGUAAAGGCGUAUGUGCAAUGUGCGGGAAACAAGUACUUGACACAAAGUUCUACAAGCAAAGCAAUGUGUGAUGCAAUCGACUCUCACGCCCAGCUUACAAUCUGUCCCUAUUUGCUGUAAUCUUGAACUUGAAUGGUAAAAACUAGAGUCUUUGAACAAGUGAUUUUAUGUUGUAUAUGAUAUCCUCUUCCAUACAUUUCCAUCGUGUCUCUAACAGGCAUUUCUUAUUACCAUAUGCUUUUUCAUUUAAAUUUUAAUGCUUCCUGAGAAAAGAAAUUCUUGGUCAUUUAAGGAUGUGUUUACUUGUGUUAUGAAAUUGUCUUAGUGAUCUGUGUUGUUUUGGGUUUAA